GGGUAUCCGAAGUUCGUGUCCUGGAAGGUGUCGGAUGCUUCCGCAAGUCGCCGGGGUUUUGCAAUCGUAAAGUGGUUUGUGGUGCAAUUUUCUUGUUAUUUUGAAAAAGUGAGUGAAUUUAAACGGAAAUUUAGUGGGGGAAGAGUCCGGAAAUAACCCAUCUUCAGUGGACCAUGGAAAAGGUCACAGCUGUUUUUGUAGGCUUUGGAUAGCAGUACAAAUCGACAACAUCAACCGACAAAAAAAAAACAAACAUGAAUCGAUACACAACUGUGUUUACAGCUAUGGAUUACACAUUGUAAAGCUGUAAGAGGAUUCCAGAGAAAAGUUCCUUCGCAAAGUACGCAAGUUCUCCAUUAAACGACUGCAACGUUUGAACUCCGCAAAAACAGGAGCCUCCAUUCAUCGCCAAACAAGUUCAGCUCUGCGUCGUGAAGGCAGAGUCAUCUGGCGGUAGGCAGAGCAAGGAAUAUGGUGUACAAAUGGUAUGCCAAUCUGAGUAAUCGUACGAUCGCGAUUACCAUCGUCGUCUGUAUUUGUAUGCUGUACGUGUCCUAUACGUUCAACACAUGCCUAAUAUCGAGCAUCAACAAAACGUGGAAGAAGGCUCACACGAGCAUUACCACAAUGACCACACCAACGGAGGAGACCGAGGCGCCCCAGAUCAAAAUCCUGGGUUCGAUCGUACGGAUCGUCCCUCUGACGGACGAUAGCGGCGGCUUCGAGGCCAAAGGUUUGCUGAACGCCUCGGACGGAUCGCCAAAGUACCGGUUUCUGCGGCAACAGGGUUUACGACCAUCGCGACACCUACCGGAUGCGCUGAUCAUCGGCGUCAAAAAGUCCGGAACGCGGGCCCUGCUGGAGUUUAUCCGACUUCAUCCGGAUGUCCGGGCAGCGGGUUGUGAGGUUCACUUCUUCGAUCGUCACUACGCCAAAGGGUUACACUGGUACCGCCAUCACAUGCCACCCACGAUAGAAGGUCAAAUCACGAUGGAGAAAACGCCCAGCUAUUUCAUAACUAAAGAAGCCCCGAAACGGGUCUACCACAUGAACCCCAGCACAAAGCUGCUGGUAGUGGUCCGGGAUCCGGUAACCCGCGCGAUCUCCGACUACACCCAAGCCCGUAGCAAGAAGAAAGACAUGAAACGGUUUGAAGAGCUGGCCUUUCUCAACGGAACCUCCGGCGGGGUCGUCGACACCAACUGGGGACCCGUCAAGAUCGGAGUCUACGCCAAACAUCUCGAGCGAUGGCUCGAGUACUUCCCCCUCUCCCAGCUAAUCUUCGUCAGUGGUGAGCGCCUGAUCGCUGACCCAGCCGUCGAGAUCGGCCGCGUCCAGGACUUUCUCGGCCUCAAGCGGGUCGUCAACGAGAAGCACUUUUACUUCAACUCCACCAAGGGCUUCCCCUGUCUGCUCAAAUCUGAGGAACGAUCCUCGCCGCACUGCCUAGGCAAGACCAAAGGUCGCAACCACCCCAAAAUAGAAUCCCAAGCCAUCGAGCGACUCCGCGAGUUCUACCGGCCGUUCAACCUCAAGUUCUACCAGCUGACCGGCAUAAACUUUGGGUGGCCCUGAGGGUCGCUGGUGACCCGGUGGGACAACCGGUAGCCGCUGUAAAUAGCCGCGAGUAGAGUUCCUAUAGCUAAAUCAAACGGUGCCAUCGAGUAUUUGGCGCGAGCAGCGGAGCGAAGCAGUGCCAUCUUGUGGCAUUUUCGGAU